UGGGAUCUGAAGCGCCUGUGUGACGAGGCGGGAGAGGCGGAGAUCCAGGCAGAGGCGAUGCGAUGUACGCCCGAGACCUACCUCGCAUACGCCACUUCCAUGCGUCCGCCGUACGCAGACGGCGUCGUGCCCGACGAGUCGCCGCUGUAUCUCUUCGAUGCGCAGCUGCCGCAGCGGCUGGGUGACAACUGGAACGUGCCGGCCUUGCUCGGUCGGAAUGAGAAGGGAAAGGCACAGGAAGGAGGAGGCGAGUGGGAUCAUGAUCUCUUCGGCCUGCUGGGCGAGAGAAGGCCGGACUAUCGCUGGGUCAUUGCUGGUCCUGAACGCAGCGGAAGCGGCUGGCACAAAGACCCAAAUGCCACCUCAGCGUGGAACACGAUUCUCUCGGGCUCGAAGCACUGGCUCUUCCUGCCGCCGCACGUCACGCCUCCCGGCGUGUUCGUCUCGCACGACGAAGGCGAAGUCACGGCGCCGCUGUCGCUUGCGGAAUGGGCAGAGGGAUACUUGGAGGAGUGCAGGCGACGACAUGGAGAGAGGGGCGAUGGCAUGUUGCUGGAGGGCAGAUGCGAGGAGGGCGAGACGGUCUAUGUGCCGACUGGAUGGUGGCAUUGCGUAGUCAACACCUCAGAAUGCGUGGCAUUCACGCAGAACCUCGUCUCGCGACACGAGCUGGGCGCAGUGCUGGACUUUAUGAAGUCGCGCCCGACGCACGUCUCGGGCUUCAAGCGCGCGCCCUCGUCUUGCGCUCCCCUGUAUGGGCUCUUCUGUGCGCGCCUGAGAGAGUACGACGAGGCGCUGCUCGAGGACGCACUGCGGCAAGUGCGCGAGAAGGAG